AUGCAGUCAAUUUUCUUGCUGCUGGGCCUCUUUGCCGACGCCAUCUCCGCCAGCCCCUUGGAGCAACAAUCGUUGGGCCGUAUCAGUCCAACGGAGCUGCCUACGGGCCUGGCGGAGGAUUUGCGCAAACCUGUACGCGGACGAUUCUUGCAUAUAACUGAUUUCCAUCCCGACCGUCUCUACAAGCCCGGAACCUCGAUCGAUCGCUCGUGCCACCGUGGUAACGGCCCCGCGGGGUAUUUUGGAGGGGAGGGCACAGAAUGCGAUUCACCUCUUUCACUUGUUAAUGAAACAUUUCGCUGGAUUGAAGAAAACCUGAAGGAUGAGAUUGAUUUUGUGAUUUGGACCGGCGAUUCUGUCAGACACGACAAUGACGAAAAGCUCCCUCGCACGGCAGAUGAGAUAAUGGAACUGAAUGAAUUCCUGUCACAAAAAUGGGUCAGCAUUUUCGGUGCGGAGGAGGCUCGUGAGACCACAAAUGCCAUGCCCAAAAUGUCGAUCCCUGUGAUCCCGACAUUCGGUAAUAACGAUAUUAUGCCCCACAACAUCUUCAACGAGGGCCCGAAUAAAUGGACAAAGCGCUUUGCGGAGAUAUGGAACCAAUUUAUCCCAGAAGAUCAGCGUCACACCUUCGUUGAGGGUGGUUGGUUCACUGCGGAGGUGGUCCCCGGUCGGCUAGCAGUCAUCAGCCUAAACACCAUGUACUUCUUCGAUUCCAACAGCGCGGUAGAUGGAUGCAACGCCAAGUCGGAACCUGGAUACGAGCACAUGGAGUGGCUGCGGGUGCAGUUGAAAAUUCUACGCAGUCGAAACAUGAAAGCCAUCCUCAUGGGUCAUGUCCCCCCAGCCCGGUCGAGCGAGAAAAGGAAUUGGGAUGAGACAUGCUGGCAAAAAUAUACUCUCUGGAUGCACCAGUACCGUGACGUUGUUGUUGGUAGCUUUUAUGGCCAUAUGAAUAUCGACCACUUCAUGCUCCAGGAUAGCAACAAGGUCAACAUUGAUUCACAGGUCGAUGAGACUGUGUCAAUCAACUCAAAAACCGACUACCUUGAGUCACUCCGAAACCAGUGGUCCUCAUUGCCAUCCCCUCCGUCCGGAAUUUUCGAAGAGCUUGACUCUAUGUCAGAUUUAGGAUAUCUCUCCUCGGAAGUUGAAUCGGCGAAGAAGGAGAAGAGGGGUAAAAAGAAGGAAAAGAAGAAGCAAAAGUUCCUGGAUAAGAUUGGAGGCCCGUGGGCAGAAAGAUACAGCGUAUCGCUAGUAUCUCCCAGUUUGGUCCCGAACUUCUUCCCCAGCUUGCGCGUGAUCGAUUACAACAUCACGGGACUGGACGAUGUCGCACCUGGGAUGAACUUGUUCACACGUGAGGUUGACGAUUCGACCUCUGCGAUUGAUACGGAAGAAUACAGCGAUGAUUCCUCAAGCACCCCCGAAAUUCAAAAAAAGAAAAAGAAGGACAAGGACAAGAAAAAGAAACCCAAGUUCAAAGUCCCGGAGCCCCCAUCCUCAACCGCUCCUCCCGGCCCUGCAUACUCGAACCAGGCGUUCACGUUGCUUGGCUACACUCAAUAUUACUCAAACCUAACAAAACUCCACGAAGAGAUCGCGGCAGGCGAACUAGGCGAGGAUCCUCGUAUCGACUACGAGAUCGAGUACACCACAAAUGAUGAUGUUUAUCAAAUGAAAGACCUGACAGUACGCAGUUUCUUCCAACUCGCAGCUAGAAUUGCCGAGGAAGGAGCUGAAGAAAAACAAACGGGCGACAUCAAUAGCCCAGGUGCUGAUUGGUCUGUUGCCAAGAAAAAGAGAAAGAAGUCAACGAAUCAUGUCUGGCGGGCUUUCUUGAGGCGCGCAUUUGUUGGAUUUGAAGAUCAUGACCUGGAUGAAUAA